AUGCAAAAUAACUUUGUCGAACAGAAACUGAGUUCAGAUGAUGUGUUUCUUGAGGAAGAAUUAUUUACGGUUUUUGAUGUUAACUCCCUAUACAAAUCAGAAAUUUCCGUACCCUUGAAAAUUGAGAAUCAAGAGCGUUCCUUACAAUUAGAUACUGGUUGUGCAUUGUCCUUGGCCCCCCAAACCUUCUAUGAGCAAUUUUGUUCCCAUAUCCCUUUAAAACCUACCGCAGUGAGAUUAUCUUCCUAUACCGGUGAAAAGAUUCAACCUUUGGGACAAAUCAAUGUUAAUGUUACUUAUGCUGGAACUCAGCACUCUCUUCCAUUACUGGUAGUACCACAGGGCUCUGGUGUCUUAUUUGGAAGAAACUGGCUAAGGUGUAUAAAGCUAGAUUGGAACAAUUUGCCUGGAAUUGAGUUACCGUCAUUUACUACCACAGCUAUAUGCUCCAAGAUUUCUGAAAAUAAGAAUACAUUGGACUCACUCCUAUCAAAAUAUGAUGAACCGUUUCAACCUCAAAUUGGGUGUUACACUGGUGAUGCUGUAGUUCUCAAUGAAA